AUGGGGAGAACAUUCAAUUAUAGUUUAAGUUCUUUGUCUGCUAGCAUCCGCAGUGGAUGUCGAGAAGCUGAUGGAGAGUACGACAUUCCGGCGAGUCUAUGUUACUAUGGUGGACGAGUCGUGGAAGAAGGUGUUCACGUUUGGAAAUGGUGGGACGAUGCCGUUAUGGAGGAAUUCAACAUCGUCAAAGUCCGAUUAGAUGAGGCAGCUGAGAAGAUUCGGAACCUGAAAGUGUUUGGGGGGACGACUCUUCAAAAUAUUGAAUUCCUUGCCUUGAAGCAGCGCCUAGUGGAGUAUGAAGCAAAGCUGAAGGAGCUGAAGUUGGAGUUGCUUGCCAACAGAGGUGUGAAUGAGUGGAUGCUCAAGUUUGCGAUUGGUGGAGGACUUAUUGGGUUUGCAGUCAUAUCCACUGCAAUUCUCCGUCUCUUUAAGUAA